AUAUAUAAAUCCCCUUUAUUGUCACUUCUCCUUGUGUUUCCCUCCCGAGUCUAGACAAAGUCGUCCUCCACCAUCACCUCCACCGCCCACUCAAUUCAAAUCACUUCCGACCGAUUCGUUACGGCCGAAGUACCUGCAGCCAACCGCCGAAAAAACACGUGAACCUCAAAACCUCGGAAAUAUCAGGAAUUAUAGUCUUCUUUUCUCUCACGCUAUUUGAACCCCGAGAUCACACCUGAGCUCGGCAAAAGCUUGGAUUCGCAGAAGGUGCUUUUCCGCGUGAUUCCCAGCUCCUGAACGGCUUUUCCCUCCAGCAGAUCUUGCUCAGGGCUAUAUGAGGUCGGUUAUUUUCUCUCUCGAUUCACUCGUUUCGUUUUCUGUUUGGUUACCGAGAAAAUUAGAUCAGCUAUCGCUUUGCAGUUCAUUUUUCCGUGAUUGUAUGUAUAGUCAGAAGCUUGUAAAUAACAUGAGAAUCCUUUCGCGCAGUUCGGGUGGUAAAAAACCAAAUGAGAACAUGAGGCUUAUUGUGACAACUUUUGUAGGUGUAGCUUUUGGAUUCUUGAUAGGUGUGUCCUUUCCAACAUUGUCACUAACAAAGCUGAAUCUCUCAUCCAGCCUUCUUCCAACUGUUGAUCUUUCGUACACUGAGGACAAGAAAUCAGACAUCUCCAGCCAAUCACAUCUAAGUUCUUGGCCUUCUGAAAGGAGUAAAAAUAGCUCAAGUCAAGAUCAGAGUUCGAAUGGCAAAUCGAGGAUUUGGGUGCCAUCAAAUCCUAGAGGUGCAGAAAUGCUACCACCAGGAAUUGUUGCAGCCGAGUCAGACUUCUACUUGCGCAGAUUAUGGGGCAAGCCUAGUGAGGACUUGACCAUCAAACCAAGGUACCUAGUGACAUUCACUGUGGGUUUGAAUCAGAAAAAGAAUAUUGAUGCAGCAGUGAAAAAGUUUUCAGAGAACUUUACAAUUCUCCUUUUUCAUUACGAUGGCCAAACAACUGAGUGGGAUGACUUAGAGUGGUCUAAGCGUGCUAUACAUAUUAGUGCUCGUAAGCAGACUAAAUGGUGGUAUGCCAAGCGGUUUUUGCAUCCUGACAUUGUGGCGCCAUACGACUACAUAUUUAUCUGGGAUGAAGACCUGGGAGUAGAGCAUUUUAAUGCAGAAGUAUACCUAAGACUAGUGAAGAAGCAUGGUUUGGAGAUUUCACAGCCUGGUUUGGAACCCAACAAAGGUUUAACAUGGCAGAUGACAAAGAGGAGGGGUGAUCGUGAAGUUCAUAAACAAACAGAGGAAAAACCAGGCUGGUGCACUGACCCACUUCUGCCUCCAUGUGCAGCCUUUAUUGAAAUCAUGGCUCCAGUAUUUUCUCGAAGUGCCUGGCGCUGUGUGUGGCAUAUGAUUCAGAAUGACUUGGUCCACGGCUGGGGUCUUGAUUUUGCCCUGAGAAAAUGUGUAGAGCCUGCGCACGAGAAGAUUGGCGUUGUAGAUUCUCAGUGGAUCGUUCAUCAAACUGUUCCUUCAUUGGGGAGCCAGGGUGAAUCGCAAAAUGGAAAGGCGCCAUGGCAAGGGGUAAGGGAAAGGUGUAGAAAGGAAUGGACGAUGUUUCAGAUGCGGGUAGCAAAUGCAGAAAAUGCGUAUUUUAAGGCUAUCGGUGUAGAUCCUUCAAAUUCGACAGCCCAUUAGGGCAAACAGCAGCAAUGACAGAGGUACUGUACUCAAAUCUACGAGUCAGGACCACCAUCUUGAUUAGAGUUCUGUAAAAUCCGUUAUAAUUUGUGAUAUUCAUUAAUUGACCAAAUCUCAGAGUUCGGGCCUUGAGUAAAAACGCCAGCGUCGAUUAAAUCAUCCCUUAGAAUUUCAGCGUUUUAGUGACAACUCGUUUGAAUCGGUGUAACAUAUUCUUAUUAGGAUUCAUAUCAUUGCUCCUGUAUCAGAUAUUGUGCUUGUUACACGUAUACCAGAGACUAAUAAAUCGGAAUUUUGGAGAGGU